GGCUUCAGCAGCAGGGAAGGAGAAGCAGCCCCAUGUAUGGGGGUGCUCAGCCCGCAGCCCACCGCCUUGCUGCUCCCUCCCUCCCCGUGCUGCAUGGACACAUGGACGGCAAGCAGCGCUCAGGCGCCCCAGGCUCCCCGGCCUCUGGCAGGCACGACCCCGACGACCCGGACGCCACCGCGCAGACCCCGCCACUGCAGAGCUACUCGGUGCUGCAUGGGCUGGUGGGGCCGGCCUGCAUCUUCCUGCGCCAGAGCAUCGCCAUCACCCAGCUCGACCGAGAGCUGCGGCCGGAGGAGAUUGAAGAGCUGAAGGAAGCCUUCCGAGAAUUCGACAAGGACCGUGACGGGUACAUCAGCUACAAGGACCUGGGCGAGUGCAUGCGCACCAUGGGCUACAUGCCCACCGAGAUGGAACUCAUCGAGCUGUCGCAGCAGAUCACUGGGGGGAAGGUGGAUUUUGAUGACUUUGUGGAGCUGAUGGGCCCCAAGAUGCUGGCAGAGACGGCCGACAUGAUUGGGGUGAAGGAGCUACGGGACGCCUUCCGUGAGUUCGACACCAAUGGGGACGGGCGGAUCAGCACAGCCGAGCUGCGCGAGGCCAUGCGCAAGCUGUUGGGUCAGCAACUCAACUACCGCGAGGUGGACGAAAUCCUCAAGGACGUGGAUCUCAAUGGGGACGGCCUGGUGGAUUUCGAAGUUUGUGCGAAUGAUGUCACGCUGAGGCAACAAGUGCCAGUGCAGGGUACAGGGUGCGGGACAAGAGCCCUGUUGUGCCUUACGGAGAGGAGGGGGCUGCAGAGAGCUGGCUCCAGCGGCAGCUUGGAGGGUCCGGACACCAGAGCAGCACAACGCGCAAGCACUGAGCAAGGACCUCACCUCUCCAGUGCCGGCCCUGCCACAAUGCACCCCGAUCCCCCAUGCCGGCCCCGCUGCUGAGCUCUGCCUGCACCCCAGUCUGCUCAUCCUGCAUCCCAACCCCACACUGGCCCCUGGUCCACUCUGCCCACACCCCCAGAUGGCUCCGCCCGCACCUCAGUCCAUGCCAUCCCUUGCUCCUGAGAUUGGCCUGCACCUCCAAGCCCUGGAGCAGGCCAGUGCCUGGAACACGGACUCAGCCAGGCAUAUACCUUAUAUCAAAGUGCUGCUCCCUGGCUCCAACAAUGCUGCCCCUCUCAUCUCAUCCCUGCUCCUGAUCCCAUCCUUUACUCUGCCCCACCACCCUGACCUUGCCCCUGAUGCUGCCCCUAACAGCCCCCACACACACCAAGCCCCCCCCCCCAAACACUGCAAUCCAACCCAGGUAACACUGUUCCCAACACCCCAAACCUGUCCCCGACCUAGGGCUGUCCCUGGCAUGACACCCCGGCAAUCUGCAUUCACCCUAAUGCUGUCCCCCUGACCUUGCCUUCCACACCCUGGCCCCACUCCCCAACCCAAAUGCUGCCCCCUGCACCUGUCCAAUUCUCCAGACAGGUUCCCAGUAGGUUUAGAGUGUGUUUCCCCAUGACUCUGCCCAGCCUGUGCCCCUUGCUUGUCCCCCAAGGUGUUCUGUUUGUGAGCCCAAUAGAUGAUCU